AUGCACAAGGAAGUCCCAAGUAGGAAGCCAACCAAGAUAACCAGCUCAUUGGCUACAGAGGCAAGCCCAGAGGUAAACCCAUGUCCUAGCACUACUUUGAAUCUUGUUUAUGAAUCCUCUAUUAGGAGAAAGGAAGGUGUGGCCCAUGCUCUAUCAAAUGAGGUGAGGCAAGAAUCUUUGUUCACCACCAAAAACGUACCAUUAGAACAACACCCCCGAGGUGCUGGUAGAUUGAAACAAGCUACCUCCUGGAGCCAGGGGGAGAUCCUUGUUCUUACAGGGAAUGUGGAAAUCAAGGCUUCCCCCAUUCUUAAGGCUCCUAUUAACAUUGAGACUAGUAAUAAGUUUUCUAGCCUAGUGGUUGAACUUACUGGGAUAAAGGAGAACGACAUGGAGAAAUUAGUUUCGCCGAAGAAAAGCCUCCUAAGUAGCAAAGUGAGGAACAUUGAUGGAGUUCCAUUUGGUACAACUAGAAAGAAGAAACAAAAGCAAAAAUAUUCUAACCAAGGGAAAGUUGGGGUUCCUAAAGCCCAGGAGAGGGAGGAUUUGCAUUCCAUUGUUAGUAAUGUUUGGCAAGCUCAAAUUAGGGGAACUAUUCAAUUCCAGGUCAACCAAAAACUAAAGCUCUUGAAAGCUGAGUUCAAAAAAAUCAACAAAGAAAAAGUUGUUGUUGUUACAAUCAAGGCUAUUGAGGCAAACGAGCAACUUUCAGCUUGUCAAAGGCGGCUUGAUACCAACUCCCAUGACCAAUCACUCAGGAUUCUUGAAAAAGAGUUGGUGGGAAAAUGCUUUGAGGCCUUCAAGAUUGAGGAAGAUUUUCUGAGACAAAAGUUUAGACUCCAAUGGUUAGCAGCAGGUGACAAAAACUCCUCCUUCUAUUUCAAAUCCAUCUGA